UGCCGUUUCUCGCGUGUGACGUCACGAGCUUCCCCUGAAAGCCAAAACAACAGUCUGAUGCGGUAACCGCAGCUUCUCGGAAACCCGUAUGAUGUCGCAGUCAAAGGCUAUUUACUGGCUAUACGACAUCAUUCGCCCCUUUUCACGCACAUUUACUGACCUGGCGUGCGAUAACUGAGGCGGUUUGAGGAGAGCCGGUGCCCUGGGAGGAACACAGCACCUGCCGACACAGGCUGAGUCACUGCUGCUGAGGCGGAAGGUCUGGAGAGGGAACGCAAGAGGAGGUGGUGGAGGAAGAGGGGGAGAAGAAGAAGAAGAAGAAGAAGGGAAGGCGUCUGGAAGAUAAGCCUCAACAGGAAGCAAACGGACGCGUGCACACAGGUUGUUUGUGCGUGCGUCUGAGAGAGCGAGCCUCCACGAACGAGCCGGCGAACGGGAAAGGAAGGAAGGAAGGGAGGGAGAGUGACGCGGAGGCUGGGAGAGCCGCCCCCCCUUCCUCUCCUCCUCCCUCUCUCUUUCUCUCCCCUCCUCUCCUCCCUCUCUCUGUGGAGCAGGCGUGUAAGCGGCAUCAGACUCGGCGUGAAGGAACCAUGAGCGAUGUCACCAUCGUUAGAGAGGGAUGGCUACAGAAGCGGGGUGAAUACAUAAAGAACUGGCGGCCGCGCUAUUUCCUGCUGAAGACGGACGGCUCCUUCAUCGGAUACAAAGAGAAACCGCAGGAUGCCGACCUUCCAUACCCACUGAACAACUUCUCUGUAGCAAAAUGUCAGCUGAUGAAGACAGAGAGGCCAAAGCCCAACACCUUCAUCAUACGCUGCCUGCAGUGGACCACUGUCAUCGAAAGAACCUUCCACGUGGACUCGCCUGAUGAGAGGGACGAGUGGACGGACGCCAUUCAGACGGUGGCCGACAAGCUGCAGAGACAGGAAGAGGAGAGGAUCCAGUGUAGCCCCACGUCCAACAUCGACAACAUGGUGGAGGAAGAGAUGGACAUCUCCACCACACACCACAAGCGGAAGACGAUGAGCGACUUCGACUACCUGAAGCUGCUGGGGAAGGGAACUUUCGGCAAAGUGAUCCUGGUCCGGGAAAAGGCCAGCGGGAAGUACUACGCCAUGAAAAUUCUCAAGAAAGAAGUCAUCAUCGCCAAGGACGAAGUGGCUCACACCCUCACAGAGAGCCGGGUCCUGAAGAACACCCGACACCCUUUCCUCACUUCCUUGAAGUAUUCUUUCCAAACCAAGGACCGACUGUGUUUUGUCAUGGAGUACGUGAAUGGAGGAGAGCUGUUCUUCCAUUUGUCCAGAGAGCGGGUGUUCUCAGAAGAGCGCACGCGCUUCUACGGUGCGGAGAUCGUCUCGGCGCUCGACUACCUGCACUCCGCCAAGAUCGUGUAUCGGGACCUGAAGUUGGAGAACCUGAUGCUGGAUAAGGACGGCCACAUGAAGAUCACAGACUUCGGCCUCUGCAAGGAAGGCAUCACAGACGCUGCUACUAUGAAAACCUUCUGUGGAACGCCAGAGUACCUUGCCCCAGAGGUUCUGGAGGACAACGACUAUGGCCGGGCGGUGGACUGGUGGGGACUGGGUGUGGUCACCUACGAGAUGAUGUGCGGCCGGCUACCCUUCUACAACCAGGACCAUGAGAAGCUUUUCGAGCUGAUCCUCAUGGAGGACAUCAAGUUCCCGCGCACGCUGUCGGCCGACGCCAAGUCGCUGCUCUCCGGCCUGCUCAUCAAAGACCCUAACAAACGGCUCGGAGGAGGACCUGAGGACGCUAAGGAAAUCAUGAGACACAGCUUCUUCUCUGGCAUCGACUGGCAGGACGUCUACGAGAAAAGGCUGGUUCCACCUUUCAAGCCUCAGGUGAUGUCAGAGACGGACACCCGGUACUUCGACGAGGAGUUCACCGCCCAGACCAUCACCAUCACCCCGCCAGAGAAAUUCGACGAGGACGGCAUGGACUGUCUGGACAACGAGAGACGGCCGCACUUCCCGCAGUUCUCCUACUCCGCCAGUGGCCGGGAAUGAACUGUCCGACAUGGUGACAUCAUCACAGCUGGUCUCUGAGGUCAUCAGUGUGGGACGCACUGGAAGGAUUUCAACCUUCUCCUCCUCCUCUCCUCUCCAGUCAUGUUUUUUGGACAUUAUUUUAGUGAGUCUCAUUCGAGAAAGCGCCGGGUUCUGCGGAAGGUCCCUUUAAUGUAACAGGCGUCGCCGCGGUCCUGCUGUGCUCUGAGGUCCAAACAUGCGCCGGGAAACGCCGCCAUGUCCGCCACUAUCUCAGGCUUCUCUUCAAAUCUGUGAUCGACUGAGACUGCCUGAUCAGCCCCGAGCUCACACCUCACGUCGCGGAACGACAUUAGAAACUCAGGCGAUUCAUUCUUGUUGCUGCUAAUUUAACCGAUACGACAGUGUCUACUCCAGGUACUCCUGCUUUUAGUCCGCUGCUGCUCCCGAGACUACCGGUGCUAACCUGCUCGCUCGCCUCUCCUGGUCCUCAUCCAGCUGUCACGACACAAAACUAUCCAGCUCCGUCUUCGAGUCGCGCGGUUCCUGCGAUAGUGUGUCGUGUUUGGAAGGACAUGCCGAGUCGACUCCAGAGUGAGAGCGGCAUGUGUGACGGUGAAACUCCAGCACACAACCUCAGCCUCACCGAAUGAACGUGACGUUUACGUUUCUGGUUGGAGCCAGUGUUAUGAGCUUAUCCCUGCUAAGCUAAACAGCUGUUUGGAUUUAAGUUUCGCAUCAUCCGCCGUGUAAAAAGCUGAAGGUCCACCGGACUGACCCGGGUCAUCUGAGUGUACGUCUCUUUCACGGAGUGUGUGGUGGCGCGGGAACCUCACAGCACAGCACCCGCGGAGAGACGCUCUCUGAGCUUUACUACGUUUCCCACAAUGCAGUGCUGAUUGUCAAACGCAGAGGUGAAAAUGAGAAGUAGGAAGGCAGGAAGGUUUGUGUAAACGCUGUCCCAAAAGGGAAAAAACGAUGGUGUGUGUGUGUGACAGAGAGAGAGAGAGAGAGAGAGAGAGAGAGAGGGUGUGUGUGAGUGUGUUUUGAAGGAAAAGCUUUACUGUGACAUUUACUCUCACAAGUUCUGGUAACCACACAGCUGAACCUCUCCACGUUUGUGCAGGAAAUUGCAGCGAGAUUAGAACCCAGAGCGAAGCAGCAGUGCAGACGAAGGUUCAGGUGAAACACCCAAAACUCAAGCGACGAAUGCAGUCUCUUUCUUACAAAGGCUUUUUUCUUAUCAGAGCGAUACUUUGGUCUCGCCUGAAGGUACGAAUGACACGUUCUGGGUUACACACCUUCUCUAUACAGAUAUCUGUUCUAUUUAUUGUUCGGCUCAUCGGUUUUAUAUUUCACUUUUCUAUGGUUGUUAUUACUGUAGGAAACCUUUCUUAGGGCUGAGAAACAAAAAUGGCUGAAGAAUGUAGGAGGGAGAGCAGAUCGCUUUCCGGCUCCAUUGCUUAUUUUCUGUUGUUUCGUGACCAAAAUGUGACGACUGAGACAUGGCGGCACACGUUAGCCGCGGAGGCUUGUACCGUAUUCUACACCGCUUCUGUUCCCUAUUGGGGAGGAGGGGAGAUGACGAUAGAGCGGGAGGAGAGCAGGUUUGUUAGAGGAUAAAUGGAGUAACGCAAAACAACGUCCACAGAGAACAAAGAGAAAACCGAACCAUAGAAAUAAAUACCUUACUGGGCAAAACUAUAGGAGAGUAAUGUAGCAUGUUUAUAUUUUGUUCACUGGAAGCUCUUGAGCAACUUGACAGUUUCUAAUGUCCACGAUGGGUCACUGUUUGUACUUGUAUUUCAAGUCAAAUUCCUGUCAGUAAGGAGUGGAUUGGGCUCUUUAGUGUGAUAGCACUCUGACUGGAGAACAUACCGGGCGCUCCUGGGAGAGAACAUCCUCACAGAGGUGUCCAGGAGGCUUGACACGCUUCUGAGGAGAGGCUCCUUUCAUGGUCUCGGUUGUCAUUCUAUAUUUGCUCUUGGACAAAAUGACAAGUUUGCGCAGAUUGAAGCCCACAUCUGCGAUCUGGAGUUCUGGAGUCACGGUGGCAGGAGAGAUGUGAAAGUAGCAGAAAAGAAGCGAGGUAUUUGUCAUCCAUGUUGUUAACGUCUGCCGCCAUUUUCAGUCCGGACUUUGUUUGUGGUUUCGUCUUCCAGUCUGAGCUACAUUUCAACCCCCAUCCGAUAUAAAAAAAAAAAAAAAGCCGGCUAAGCCUUAUGGUUUUGCUCAAAAGAACUUCAUCCAGCACUUGAACGUCCCGCCAUGAGAGGACUUUUUUUUCUGUUGACCACAUUCUAAAGUCCCUUCAGAGAUGGUGUGACGGAGCGAGUGCUCGCUCGGCGCAUAUUUAUUUGAAUGUCGUAUUUUUACUUGAACUUGGUUUUCUAAUUAAUUUAUUGAAAGUGUUUUAGCAGUGAGGAGCUCUAGUGAUGUUUCAGUUCCGACUCUGACGCUUGUUCUUCUGCUGCACUCGUCUCCUCGGCUCUCUCUUUGCACGUCCAUUAAUGGUCCACGUUUCGAGCCCAUCACAACCAAACGGAUGGCAGGGGGAAGAAACCGUCUGCAACAUCAGUCCCCAGUUAAAAAAAAAAUCCAUCUCUGUGAUCAACUGAGCUGGUCUGGCACAGAUGAGGCGGUGGGACAGUUGAACCAGCUGGCACUCACUGGGUCGACCUGGUUUAUGACUGAACCCCACUUUUUCUAGGAUUCAGAGGAAUCUGGUUCAGGCUUUAAAGUGUUUUAUGUGUUUUUUUGUGUGUGUGUUUUUAAGAAAAUGAGGAUUUGAAGGCAGUGCUGCUGUGAAGAUUUUGGCCCGGUGCGCGCUGCUGCCGGUGCCAGAGACAACACAGCACCGGUCAGUCUGUGAAAAGAGUCUUGUCGCCGACACGUCUUUACAUGAAGAGCAGCGUCUACACGAGAAACAUUCCUGAUUUCACUGGGAAAAAAAAGUCCAACAGCAGAUGUUGCUGUUUUAAUGAGCUUAAAUGGCUGGCGUCACUCGUCCGGUUCGCCGAGACGUGGAGCUAAAACCAUAGGUUCAAGAGACGUGGCUCUCAGUGUAAAUGUGAUGGGACGGGUUGGGGUUUGUCUGCGCCACAGCUCCGGCGUGGCACCACUUAUCUGCUGCUACUCCACGUUACUGUCCUCCUCCUGACCUUCACAUUUCUAAUGCAGUCAAAAACAGAAGAAACCUGUGGAGUCGGGCGUCUCCCUCCUCUGGUUCCCCCUCAUCAUCAUCAACUAGCAUGAGACCCCCACCACUCCCACCCCCGGCCGUAACACUAACAUGUACUCGUGUGACUUCCAUGCGGCUCUGGACGUUUCUGGCUCCGCUCAGCUUCCCAGCAGAGAAGCUCGACGGAUCCCAAAAAACCCAGACGGCCUUUUUUUCUAUCUCUGGUAGUGUGAGGAUGCAGAGCUGCUGGCCAGUCCGGCCACGUGAAAACAACCAGUUAGCAUCUACAUGGAGCUGUUUUUUUUUUUUUUACUCUGUACAUCUUUGUAUUUUUAUACAUGAGAUGUAUAAGUAAGGGAUGCACAUGAUCUUCCUUCUUACAGGCGCUUCAAUAAAGAAUUAUCGAUC